CGGAUAGCAUUCUGGGGGAAGGGUUUAACCCCUAGUUAUCCAUAGGAGGUGAGGUUGCUCUGACAUGAUCGCGCCUUCAACAAGUGCAACUGUCGCGCGAACGCGACGACCAACAUCCAUCUACUUGCAUUCCCCCAACAACAAACCGUUAGGAGCAUUGCAUCUAUACUCUUGGAGCCGGAUAGAAAACUCCUUAUCUGGCACGUUUCACUGGGAUAAGCGGGUUCCUGCAGCAUCUAUCAAGGCCGCUCCGCCAUGGCGUCAUAUCCCUUCUCUGCCAGAGAUUCUGAUAUCAUCAGCUCAUUUACCAGGAAGGCCGACAAUGAGAGAACUCAUCCUUUCUCAAACCCAAUUAAAGCUAUAUAUAGUGUGGUGCAAGUGAAGUGAAUAACCGAAUAGUUCGUUCGUUAUAUUUUACACCUCAGGUUUCCCUACAUUCUCCAGCCAUGUGAGAUUUUCGCCACCGAUGACCCCAGAAAGAGUCACAUAGGUGCCUAUAUAUAUACAACUACAUAUAAAGAGAGAAACAUCGCCCUGAUAAUGCCUGUCAAAGAACAUAACUACACCCUCUCCGUCACAGCUGGCCCCAGCUACAACCCCUCAACCCACAAGCCAGUCGCCGUCAACUCCCCCAUACCCCACCUCAUAGAAACAGAGCACGCAACCAUCGACCUCCGCGUACGCAUACAAGACUACACUGGCCUCCCGCCCAACUCCCCGCGCACCUCUCCAUACUUCUCCCACCCAACCCGCACAAAAGACCAAUACUCCAUCGCCGUCUCCUUCGUCCCCAAGCACGCGAUUCCCGGCUCGGAACUCGUCUUCGGCAACGAUUUCGACCGUCCUAUCCGCGACCGGUUGCCGCCGGGCACGAACCAGGCGCUGAGGAUCGUUCAGUGGACUAUUGACCCCGGUUUGGAGGGGGAUGCGUAUGCGGAUAAGCCAUAUUUGUAUGGGGCGGCGUUGUCGAGUUGGAACUAUUUGAGGGUUUGCGGGGUUGCUAAGGAGAGGAAGGGUGGGGAUGCGGUGGUGGGUGGAGAGGGGGAAGGAAAGGGAAUUGGAAAUAGCGAGGAGGAGAUCAUUGAAGAAGGUGGGGAGGGUAGUGGGCAGGAAAUGAGGAGAAAAUUAGGUGUUCCUGACGACCCUGCGGGGAGGAGAAAGUUCUUUCUAACUGAGGGGAAUCGGGAGCGGUUUGAGUUUGAGGAGGGGAGGCUGUAUAAAGCGGAUUUUGGGAAUGGGUAUUUGGGGUUUAAUGAUUUCUCCCUCCGUCUUCCCGGGUUUAAAAUUAAGGUGACUAAAUACAUCGAUGCGAAGAACCAUCAGCUGCGCUAUGUGCUGAAGAAUAAGCGCACGGGGGAUGUAUAUUUUGUAGUGUUGUUCACGUUACUUUUGGGUCGGGGGAGCGUGGAGGAUGAUUGGGAUGAUGAAAACGCCAAUGAUGCCGACGAUGUGGAUGAGGACAACGGUGAGAAUACGGAAGGUAGCGAUGAUAGAAGGUAUUAUGACGACGACGAGGGUGUCGAUUGAUUUUUGCUGUGAAUAUUUUGAAAUGAUGUUUUUUCGACGCGUGAGGUGGUCGCCAUUGUUAGCAGGCCGCCCCUUUAGAUCGUUUGCUUACUCUAAUAGUUUUUAACAUACAUUGCGUCGGAAAUUGGGAUUGGAAUUUUGGGAGUACAUACCGGCUCAAGCGGUUCGAUAUCUCUAGGAUGAUAAGGCGAUUUUAAUAUAUGGAUGGUGUUGUGCCGGUGGCUGGAGAAGACAAGCAUCGAUUAAUCUUGAAAUCUAUCUAUUUUGAAUAACAAUAAGUACCCAUUGGCCCAUCGUUUGUGCGCCUUUUUGCUUCUAAC